AUGUUGGGUGGAUAUUCACCGAACGCUCUCAGUCUCGGGAUUCCUACUGGGUCACAGAGCACACCUUCAAAUACUUCCUGUCCGAUAUUAUACGGUGCUGGCGCUCCACAGUCCGUGAGAUCAACGUGUCCAUGGUAUAAUGUAGAGAACACAGAUUACACUCGUUAUCCACAAACUUUACUGGAGGCUCGUUGCUAUGACUGCGACAACUGCAUCACAGAAUUACCACCCAAUGGUUUGCACGCGGUAUGGGAGUGUGAGCGUGUCUUAUCCAGUGUAUGGGUUUUACAGAUAAACUAUAGUUCUUGUGUCAACGGCAUGUAUCAGUACAACGCGGUACAGAUUGAUUUACCUACAGCAUGUGUGUGUGGUAGACCUAGAAAAGCUUAA